AUGCGGCUGCCGGAGCUGUGCCUGGCGCUCCUCUAUGCCGCCGGCACCGGCACCGAACCCCCGCGGGCAGCCCGGGAGCGGCCGCUGGCCCCGGGGGCAGCCGCGGGACGCGGGGAGCCCGGGGCGGCCCGCGUGGACCCCCGGCAGGCGUGGAUGCUGCUGGACGGGAGCCCCGGGAGGGGCAGCGGCGAUCGGGGCCGCGGCGGCACCGGGGCUGGCCCGGCCUCCCCCGCCGUGCCGGAGGAGCUGCUGAGGGAGCUGCAGCUCCUGCUCAGAGGCACGGCAAAGAUGAGCAGGACAGCUGGGGAAGGGUGUAAGGAGGAGGAAAGCAGCAAAGGCAACCCCCAGGCCAGGGCCCAGCGUCGUGUGGAAGCAGCCUUCCAUUGCCUAACGCGUGAAGACAUCGCUGUGGAGCAGAAGACGUGGCAGGAGCUGGGGCUGUUCUACAUUCCUGAGAGGGAGGCGAUGUUCCACCGUGGCCCAGGGCUGAACCUGACCAGCGGGCAGUACACAGCCCCCUUUGCAGGAUACUACACCUUCAGCACCACGCUGCACAUUGCGCGCAGGGAGCCGCGGAGAAGGAGGCAGGGAUGCCGAGGGAGCCGCCUGCGGGUGCUGAUCUGUGUGCAGUCCUGCUGCCAGCACAACAGCCAUUUGGAGAGCGUAUCCCAGCUGGAGAGCAGCGGUGACCUUUUCACCAUCUCUGUCACAGGCACCCUGUACCUGCAGGCUGGGCAGUAUGCCUCUGUUUUCGUGGACAACACGGCAGGCUCUCCCCUCACAGUUCAAAGUGGCUCCGAUUUCAGUGCUGUUCUGCUGGGAGUGUGAAGAGGCUGAACCAUGCUGAACCUGUGCCAGGAGCAGCCAGACCCUUCCCUCUGGCAGCCACCAUCGUGUCUCCCCUGCUCAGCACCAAGCCUAAGGAAGAUUUUGCUCAUGCAGGAAACUGCAGUCUGGUCCGAUACCGCUCAUGCUGCAGAACCAGCUGAAGAUGGACAAAAGAUGAUGAAGAUGAUGAUUAUGAUGAUAGUA